AGGAGGAGAAAGUGGGCGUGGUUUCUGUGGACGUGCCCUCUCGCGCCACACGCUUCACAGACCAGACGCUCACUUGCAAAUACAACCUUGGUGAUAUGGGUCUCUACUCCGUCAGUUGGUACCUUAACGACAGCGAAUUCUUCCGAUAUUUACCAGACCGAAACAGAGAAAUCCAAUGCGACCAGGAUAGUUCUCCGGGAGUUGGAUCUCACAGCCUCAGGGACCUAUACGUGUGAAGUUACAACAGACGAACCUAAUUUCUACGUUUUCUCGAUGUCAUCUAACAUGACAGUCAAUGAGGAGGAAGCGGUGGAGGCGCGAAUCACGACGGCAGCAACAGGGUCUUCGGUCGAAUUUUCCUGCGAGGCUUCCUCGGAGGAUGGCACGAUGUCCUGGGUCCGCGAACGUGAUGACCAGUUACUGUCAGUGGGAAAUGACGUGUUCGUCGUCGACUCCCGCUUUUCGAUCGAGCAGCGCCGCACGACGGGCGCCUGGAGGCUGCGGCUCGCUCGCGUCACUCAGGCGGACGCCGGCGACUACACGUGCUACAAGUCUGAGUCAGCCUCGGCUCGACCCGCUACCGGCUGGUGGUCGUCGAGCCAACAAUUAGCAUGGAAUUUACGGAUAACAUAACAGCCGAAGCCGGUUCGACGGCUGUUCUCAGCUGCCGAGUCCUUAAUCUUGGACAAGGCACGGUGUCAUGGAUCCGCAACGAGGACCGAUACCUGACGGCCGGCCUCUUCACCAUGACGGUUGACGAUCGCUUCACUCCCUCCGUCGAGGACUCGAACGUGUGGCAGCUGAGGAUCCGGGACGUACGGCCCGAGGAUUCCGGUGCCUACGGCUGCCAGGUGUCUGCACGGACGCCCA